GCUUAUUACAUACUAGCAGCAUGCGUGAAUGAAGAGACUUUGAGGCGUUUUGCUUGCAAGCGGGUGGUUCCCGGCGCGCCACAACUAACACUACUCGCAAGGUUAACAUCGCGCGCUCAAGUGGUCUCGCAUAGCAACAUGGCGGACUGGAAAGAACAGUUGAAGAUUGCGUUGGACGGCGUCACCUCGGGCGGCAAAUUUGCGGUGACCGGUACCGUGGAUAGUCCGCUGCCCGAGAUCGCUGUUCGUGGUGUGGGCAAGCUGGCGCUUCCCAUCGAUGCUGGCCAGGCGGAGGACCUGGUCUUUGCGGGCAUGCCCGCGCCCUUCGGCAAGGGCUCCAAGACGGUCCUGGACCCUGCGGUGCGCAAAGCCAUCCAGAUUGAGGCGGCACGUGUUCGCUUUUCACAGGACUGGGACGCAACCGUGCGCCGCCUCACAGCCGAUGUAGCUGCCGCGCUGCUGGGUGUGUACGGCUGCGGCGCGGUGGCAGGAGUCGAGGCCCGGCUGUACAAGCUGCUGGUGUACGAGCGCGGUGGGCACUUCCGGGCCCACCGUGACACAGAGAAGGAGCCGGGCAUGUUCGGCAGCCUGCUGAUUCAGCUGCCGGUGGCAGGCGGCCACACCGGCGGCAGCCUGUCCGUGCGCCUGCAGCAGGAGGAGGUUGUCUGGGACACGGCGGCAGCCGCAAUGCCAGGGGCGGCCACGAGUGGUGGCAGCAGCAGCGACGGUGCCUCUGUGAAGCCGCGAACUGCGGUGCUGCCGUACGCAGCCUUUUUUGCAGACUGCGAGCACGAGCUGUCGGAGGUGGAGUCGGGGCUGCGUGUGUUGCUCGCUUACAACCUGGUGCAGACCCAGGAGGGCGCAAACACGGUUGCAGCAGCCGCUUCUGCUUCUGCUGCAACUGCUACUGCCGCUAGCAAGGCCGCGCGUGCGGCUGGCCGUGCCCCGGCGGCGGCGGCUGUGAAGGCUAAGGCUGCCGCCGCUGGCCGUGCAGCCGCGUUGCGGGCGGUAGCGGAGGCGGUGCGUGCGUGGGAGGCAGCAGGCGAAGCGUCGCAGCCGCUGGUGGCGCUGCCGCUGGCGCACAAGUACACGGAGGCAAGCCUGGGCUUCGGCGCGCUCAAGGGUGAUGACAGCGCCAAGGUGCGGGCGCUGCUGGACUGCCCCGAGCUGGAGGUGCACCUGCUGCUGGUGGACAAGAUGGUGAUCGGCGGCUGUGACGAAUACUUACACCCAGACGAUUACGAGGAGGCCUUGGAGACGGCGAGCAUGAUCACAGACGACGACGACUAUUAUACUUCCACGAAGAUCAACUACAUCUGGCACUCGUCCCAGUUUGGGAGGCUGGGCGAGGACGUCGGCGACUUCGGUCUCGGCAUCUGGCGUAUCCAGAACAGCGUGCUCGGCGACGAGGAGCUCUUCCCAGAUGACCAGCAGCCCUACCAGAAGCAGUACGAGCCGUACACAGGCAACGAGGGCCCUAGCCUCACGUACUGGUAUUGCAGCGCGCUGGCGGUGGUGUGGCCUCGCUCCCGCCGGCCUACCGUACCUGAUCGUAGUGUCAGGCAACGUCGUCGCUGACGUGAUGGCUGUGCCCUACCGUUGGUUCCAGCCCCUACCGUUGGUUCCAGCCCCUACCGUUGGUUCCAGCCCCAACCGUUGGUUCCAGCCCCUACCGUUGGUUCCAGCCCCUACCGUUGGUUCCAGCCCCUACCGUUGGUUCCAGCCCCAACCGUUGUUUCCAGCCCCUACCGUUGGUUCCAGCCCCUGCUGUUAACCCGAUCAGUAUCGUGUAGGGGUUGUUACAUACCAGGCGGUCACCAGUACAAACCGACAGUCAGCGUCAGUCAGGACCGGUCAGGAUUGGUAGGGGUGGGCUGCAUGGUAAACCAUUUGUAGAUUUGUUCAAAUUCACUUCCUGGUAGGGGGUGUUUCCCAGUCCUUGUCUGGGGCCCUGUUGCAUGUCUGGGGCAGGGCUGUGUGAGUGGGGUGGCUUCACGACCUUCCGUCGUGGGCCCCACUGAGGGUUGCUGUUGGUGUCUGGCUUCCCUUCGUUCCUGUUGGGUGUGGUUGCGUUGCCGGUUCUUUCUCCUCCUGUGGUUUGAGGUGCAGCUGUGCUUGCUGCUUGAUGCCUGCCCUGUUGUUGCCUGCGAUGGUCCCCAUCCUGUAACGUCCCACGUCG